AUGCCCCAAGCGCCGGCAGCAGAGAAUGGGGGAACGAGUCGCGAUCGAAGCAGACAGAGGGCAAGGACAGAAGUUGGCGCAAACAGGAGCAUGUUGAAUCGUCUGGGCUUCAAUAAGAUUGGCAGCUGGCUGAAGCGUGACGAUGAUGAGCCGUCAUCUCCAACGAAGAGUAGGCCUGAAAGCGCAGGGAACAAAGAGAAUGAUAGGCCACAGUCAAGCGGAGGGCUUCUUCACAGAAGAGGCAGCAGGAAGGUCGUGCCAGGGCUGCCGCGACCGCUAACAUUCAAGCGCAUGCAGAGUGAGAUGAGGGAGAAGUUACUCGAGGUGCCGCCUGAGCCUGAGCAGAGACGCGCUACAUCUGCAGACCGCAAGCCCUCAAUCGUUCCGAAACGCAACCUCUCGCCCCCGCCCAUAUCCAUACCGUCCGUAUCAGCGCCUGACGUCUUGAGUCCUCACGAGAGCGACAUUCAUAAGCAAGAGCAAGGGAAGGAGCAACAAGAGCAGGAACCUACAAUUGGCGGCGGGGCAGACUCAAACAUACCUGCAGGGGCAAGACAGGUUGACUAUAGCAUCGAGAACCUUUCACAGCCCGAGACUGCAAGCAGCUCAUUGCCCAUCGAGCUGGAGGAUACAUACCACGAACAUGCGUCGCACCACUCGGUCUCUGAUGUUGAUGAUGUACGGUUGCAAGAAGAGCUGGAAGCAAAGUGGAUACUGAACCUCAGUAUGCACUUCAGGGAUAUGUCGGACCGGGAGAAAUUCUUCGUCACUUUUGCAGAAGAGCGCAACAAGUGGAGAAGAGUCACGGUCUCGUGCGAUUACCGCCACCUCGAGCCGGACUCUCUGGAGUCAGAUCUGAAGUCAUUACACUAUCAACGAGAUAAGAGUGCCAGGAUCUACGAAGCGAUACGUGACUCGCUGGCAGACAUACAGUUCUACGACACCGUAACAAACCUGAAGCUCGAAACAUCUGAUGGCCGCCUACACGUCCACGUCACUGAAGAUGUCAACGAGAUCAUACCGUACCCUGGGAUCUCUGCAAUCAGUCAUCUUGAAUAUCAGUGCUUCAAAGAGCAGGACGUUGACUUUGACUCGCACAUCUCCGGGUUCGUGUACAAGGUUGGUGUCAAGAACCGGACGUACAUAAAGAAAGAGAUUCCUGGGCCAGAUGCUGUGGAAGAGUUCCUCUACGAGAUAAACGCCCUCAGCAGCCUUCAGGACUCAAACUCAGUCAUUCAGUUUGAGGGCGUCAUCGUUGACGAGACCGGCGAGCUGAUCAAAGGAUUGCUAAUCAGCUAUGCACGGGAAGGUGCUCUCGUCGACAUGAUAUAUGACUUCAAGCAUCAACUACAAUGGGAGCGUCGCGAGAAGUGGGCUCGUCAGAUAGUUGAAGGACUCUCGGAGAUACACGAAGCUGGAUUUGUACAGGGCGACUUUACCUUAUCGAACAUCGUUAUCGACGCAAAUGACGACGCAAAAAUUAUCGACAUUAAUCGCAGAGGCUGUCCGGUGGGAUGGGAGCCACCUGAGCUAGCAAGGCUCAUCGAGAGCGGCCAAAGGAUCUCGAUCUACAUAGGUGUCAAGUCAGAUCUCUUUCAGCUGGGCAUGGUAUUAUGGGCACUGGCGGAGCAGCAAGACGAACCAGAGCGCCAGGAAAGACCACUUGCCGAUACGCUAAAGCGAUCGUCCGGCAUUCCGGAAUACUUCAAAGACAUUGUCAAAGCAUGUCUUAGUGAGAGACCACGCGACCGCUUGUCGGCAAAAGACUUGCUGAAGAGAUUCCCGGAACCUGUUGAGGUAGACCAUUUCAGACCAAGAAUUGCCCUCAGAGACAGUCUCUCGUCGCACAGAAGUGACAAGGAGUACAUCGACCCAAAGAUGGCCGUUGACCACGGCGAUGUCUCGCAGCACCGCCGGCACUCAUAUUCGAAGUCGUCUUUCGAGAAGGUCAAUAUGCCGUCAACGGAGUACGUGCCUUCAGCUGGAUCUUACAUUUUGCCAAACACUGAGGGCGGGCGUGGCCGAUCCCCGGAUCACAGAAGAAACAGGAGCAGAAACCGACAAAGCGACUACUCACCUUACCCGGGCCAUCGCUCCAUUAUGUCUCUCGAUGACUCUGAGCUGGACAAUGAUCUGGCAAGCCUACCAGCGAGUCGCGAAACAAGAUGGGAACAAGUGUACGUCGAUGGUGAUACGAAGCUCGUUCAGCGCGGUGGAGGUGAAGCCAGCAUGCGUGACUUUGACAGUCAAGAUACGAAGGAAGUCUACAUUACGCCUGGAACCUUGGACAACUCUUUUGUGGGUAGCAAGUCAGACGACCACACUCCACUCAAUCUUUCCACAAUCGCCGACGUACCGCAAUUGCCCUUGCAACUGACACCUCAAUACGGUCAGAACGUUGACCACGACCGUACAAUAGCGAACAAAGCUUCGUUCAGUGAUCGCGUGCAUCAGCUGGCUCAGACACAAAAUGAGGAAGCACCACCUAAGCAGAAUCGAGACGAGCGCGACACUCAUCAUCAAGCUCCUGAUACGACUUUCCUCACCGAGCUUGAGCAUGAGUUUGAAUACGACUCAGCACCGAGCUCGCUUGCGCCGUCUCGUGUCGGUACUGGCUUCUCCAUAUUCGACCGCCCAGAGCGCAACUAUAGGGUGGGAACUGGCUUUACUACCUUCUCGGCCGCCACAAACUUCAAUUCUCCACUUCAUCAAGAUACAGGCUUUGCUGAGCCUCUGAGAGAGUCAUACGAAAGCGAGCGGAUACGCAAAAGCCUUGAUGAGAGUAUGCGAGACAUCAAGACAGCAACGAUAGAAGAGCAGAGGAUUAACGAGAAGCUGUGGGAACCGAAAGAAGACAGAGCGCUUGGCUUCGGUGAAGGUGUUCGAGGACACGAACUCGAGCUGCGGAACGAAGAUCUAUACGCUUUGCAGUCUACCACAACAGCAGACCCUGCUACGAACCGACAGACCUCAGCUUUGACAGGAGUCAAUGCAGCACUCCCUAUUGAUGGGAAGGACACACGCCACCUACAUCCAACACAAGACAAGUCGUUGGAAGAGAGGACAUCCAACACAACAAUUCGCCUACCCACCCUCCCUCACCCGGCUCAAGUCUCCCUUCACAACACACAAAACAUAUCGAACGCAGCAACACACGAUACAUAUGCUGCAUCACAACCACACCACGACACCAAGGCGGUUUUCGAACCGCCCGCUACACCCCAGUACGAGCACGACUAUUUCCAGCGCUCACGUACAAAUUCUGACCUCAACAACAAGAGAUCAAAAGAUCUAGAUGAUUAUCUAAACAGUGAGAUAGAGUAUUUUCACAAAUGUGCACUUUGUUUGGUGGUUCAUAUUUGGGUUUUGACACGAGCAUUGAUGGGAUGGCGUAUGGAAUUUGUAGUGACGGAUUUGAUGGUAUCAUUACCAUUUGUUGUGCACACGACAUGUCCAUGUUUGCAGUUCUUGAAGCGCUGUUUCAGGCGUAGCAAUGUCGAGAUAAACUACGGGUUGAGUAGGUUCAUCUGUGCCGCAAAUGCGAGGAUGACUCAACUGCAGGGCAGAAGCCACAUGCCAAAAAGCGUCAAUUACGGAAAGGACGACGUGGGGUGCAUGCAACAUUAUCCCGUCCCCACUGGCAUGCCUCCGCCAAGAGUCACAUUUGCUGAUACCGGUUCGCCCCACGUCACCAACAAGGCUCCACUUUCCACAAGUAACACGCAUGGCAACCGCAAGGAGAGCGUGAGAUUUGCUGAGUCAAACUCAUCCUUGAAUGGCUCUGACAAGCUGGAAGCUAGCGGCGAAGAUUCAGAAUGGGAAGACUCGGACGAUGAGAGCUCACCAGAUACUGCCGAACAUGCUGUUCGUGGUCUCCCACGGACCUCGAAGCAUCUCAGGCUAGCUGGGCGCACGCUUUCUUCAGAUCAAUUCUGA